UCUGAUACGGGCUUAAGACCGGACAUUUUAUUAUUAAUUGCAGCAACAUAUGCCAUGGAGCUUGAUGCUCCACUUGACGCGCUCUUCCUGCUAGAAUCUAUAUAUAAUUUCGCGCUAUCGCGCCUCCGCCUCUUUCUAUCUCUAAUCUAAUCUCACUAAUUGUGUCGCAGAAAACGGGCGCGACGAUUGUAUCAUCCGCGAGCGAAAUGCGAGACAUACCAAAAGUGAAUCAUCCGCGCGUUUGAUAUUCCCGGACCGUCGCCCGCCGACGUACGCAACGUGGCGGAAGCGUUACACUUGUAGCCCCGGCACCCAAAACCGCCCGGAAUUACGCAAGGGUGAAAGCACCGGCCGCUGUCGCUGUCACAUAGGAGAAUUAUUGGCCGCCGUUUAUUUCGUUUCCCUCACGCCGCGCGUAAUCUUGGCGAUCUCGAAAAGCGCCCGUCGUGUAAAUCGCAUGUGUCGUUUAUUAUCUUUUAAAUCGGCUUUCGAAAAUCUCCCGCUGAAACUGUGGCGCGACUUUACGGCUCGCGUGCGCUCCGCGUCGUGGUGCACGGCGUUUCGAAACUGGGCCUCGCGCGAGUCGGUUCUUUUAAUUACAACGGCAUCCCAGUCGGCAGCUCGAUCUUUUCCUCUAACGUGAACUCGUAAAAAAGAUGAGAAGUUUCUCACUGAAGAAUUCAAUGUCGAAACGGUGUCGAAUUAACGUCAAUUCGACGGUGUCGAUCGUUUCGACGUUGCUCGACGAAUCAUUUCUCACUGGGUCUUUUCCUCCAGCGUGAACUCGUGAAAGGUGAGAAAUUUCAUUGGCGAACAUCGAAUUCUUCACUAAAAUUCUUCGAGGUCAAUUUGACGGGGUCGACGUCGAUUCGACAAGUGACUUCUCGUUGGGAUGAGCGCGCGUCGCGUGCGUCGCUAUAAUUUUCACGGAAAAGAAGGAUCUUCGCGAACGCUUUCGCCCACCAAAAGAAGAAAGAAAAAAUGUAACGACGAGCGUGAAAUAUAUUCGCUACGGACAAAAUUAAAAUUCCGCGGCUGCGUCCGGGCUAUCGGAGACAUUUCGUGAAUGGCGAGCGCGAUCAAGCGAUGCCGUGAGCGAUUUAAUAAACCCGUCCGAUUCGGCGCCGCCGGCUUUCUUCCUCGUCCGGCGUUCGCCCACGUAUAUGCAUGUAUAUCGGCGAGUCAUAAAUCGAGAGCGAAACUACCGUCGACGCAUCACGUACUCCGAAGGCUGCUUGCGAUGCAACGAGGGUUGCGGCCUAACCGGCCGCCGACCACCCCGUUGCCGCUAUAAAUACGUUUGUCGCCGCUUGUCCGAACGUCAGUCCCGUUUGCGACGCGUUUACCGAUCUUCAGAACCAUAUCUAGACGGAGGAUGGCUGUCAAGUUAACAGUCCUGGCUGCAGCGGUGCUCGCGGUAUGCAGAGGUGUGCCAGUCCCAGCUGUUCCAGCUGGUGUAGCCGUACCAGCUGUCCCAACCGGUCCAGCCGUGCCAGCUUUCCCGGCCACCCUGGCCGCACAUGCUUUUCCAGUCGCCGCCCUUGACGUCACGAAUUACGAUCCUCACCCGCAGUACACUUACGCGUACGACGUCCAGGAUACGCUGACCGGCGACGCCAAGAGCCAGCACGAGAGCAGGAACGGCGACGUCGUCAGUGGCAGCUACAGCCUCGUCGAGGCCGACGGCACCAGGCGGAUCGUCGAGUACACGGCCGACCCCGUCAACGGAUUCAACGCCGUGGUGCGCCGGGAACCCCUGGCGGUGGUGAAACCCGUCGUUGCUCCGGCGCCGCCGCUCAUUUAUCAGCGCUGAAGGAUGUAACGAUGAUUAUGCACGAUGAACCCGGAUUUAAGCUAGUCACUCUAUACAUAUAAUGUAUGACUGUCGCCGCAUAAGGCCUG